CCACAAAUCAUUUUAAAUUUGUUAUUAUUCCAAUACAGACGAACGUGAAACAUUUUUAAAUUGAAAAUUUUCGGUAAAAUGGAAUCGAAUCGGGAGCAGCCUACGGACGACGCUUCCAUGGGAAUCGGGGAGGCUGAGCCAGAUAACGAGGUGGUCCAAUCUCCUUACGGUCUGCCCGCCCCCAAGGACAGUUUGAACCAGGAUCCGGUGGGUGUGCAGCUGACCUCCGACGCCAUACAUCUGGGCUUCAUGGUUGAGAAGGGUUUGAUCGAGUACGAGUCGCUGGAUAAGCCAACGGAGGAAGACAACUGCGGUGACUAUCAGAAGCGCUUGUCGGCCGACUAUGCGGCUUCUGGCCAAAUCCAGGAGUUGGUCAAAGAAAUGCGUAAUGAAUUCAUGACGAAGGCGAUCUCUAAGGCCAAGAGCCUCAAGUCGACACUGAUUAAGAGGGGCAUCAUGUGUGGCUAUAAGAGAGACCACCCAGUCAAAGAGCCCGUGUUCAAGCCGCAGGCCAAGCCCCAGGUCAAGCCCCAGGUCAAGCCCCAGGUCAAGCCCCAGGUCGAGACCCAGGACGAGCCGCAGGACGAGCUGCAGGACGAGCUGCAGGACGAGCUGCAGGACGAGCCGCAGGACGAGCUGCAGGACGAGCCACAAGACGAGUCGCAGGACGAGCCGCAAGACGAGUCGCAGGACGAGCCGCAAGACGAGUCGCAGGACGAGCCGCAGGACGAGUCCCAGGCGGAGCCCCAAGCCGAGCCUCAGGUCGAGCCCCUGGUCGAUCUCCAGGCCGAACCCCAGACAUCCAGCGAGAUAGACCAAGACAUUGACAAGACGGACGAAACGAAAGAGAUCCUUGAAGAGAAGUCUACCGAAGAUGCUGUUAGCAAGGAGGAUGAAAUCAAUCAGCUUGUCGUAAAGAUCAACGAUUUCACAAAUAACAUGGAUGGCGACCUCGAUAGCGUUGAUUGGGAACAGUUUCGUGGCAGCUUGUCGAAGGUUUGCGAGAUUUAUCAGACACCAAGUGACGCCAAGCAAAAGCCCGAGGAAUCAGAUACAGUCGAGCCUCUGCAGGACUUGAACAGUCGCGUCAAGGAUCUCAGGCAGAAAAUCAGUGGCAUGGAGGACAAGAUGGUCACCUUGGACCAGAACUUUGAAGCAUUCUGCGACAAAUUGGGCAACAGCAAGAUCAGCAAAGACCGGGCCGAGCGGGACAUGGCCGUCCUCCAGAGUAUGCAGGACAGGAUUGGACGCAGGCUGGCCCAGAUGGAAAAGGACUUGUAUUUGUCAAGGGAGUGUCUGCUCAAGAAAACCAAGAAGGUCCUCGAGGAGCUCAAGCGCUGUAAGUGCGCAGAGCAACCGGUAAAUGAGUCUCUGGACCUCUUCCGAAAUUGAACCGAUUAGAGAGCGCGAAGUGGCACUUUAAAUCAUACUGUGGACUCUGGUCCAAUGCCAUCAGUGUGUGUUUGUAACAACAGUGAUUACACAUUACAAGAAAACACGA